UUCUCGGUUUUGAUGCCGCGAGUGGUCGGACGAGAACAUCAGGCGAAAACCCCCGAAAAGACCCAGACAGUUUACGCGGCAGCUAGGAGGGCCUCUGUGCGCUACUCUGCGUUUUCUGAUCUGUCUGCUACUUUUUCUCCCUUUGCUUUCGAGCAUCUUUUCACGAGUUUGUGUGCUGUUCACGCGCGUUUUCUUUUCCUUUCUCUUCUCAUGUUUUCGGGGUCCCCGAAGGUUUCCUUUCCGCCAACACUUCCGUCUCCCUGCCUUCCUGUCUCUGCCUUUCUCUUCCUUUCUCGCUCGCGCUGUUUUUCCUUCUGAGGAGAACCUUUCUCUUCACCGUCUUGCGCGUCGCCCCUUCGUCUCUUCGGUUUUCUUGCUGUGUAUUUGCGUUAAGGGAAAGGUUCUCGACUGUAACUCGCCUUUCUUGCUGCUCGGUUGCCCUUCUUCCCGUGCGUGUGUGUCUUUUGGUGUCUUCGCCUCCCUUCUUUUCUUUUUCCGCUUCGACGCCUCUUCCGUGCUUUUCACCGGACUCGCCCAAAACCGGCGACCCCUCUUCAGAGACAUUCCGGAGUUUCCCUGUGUUUUCUGUCUCGGAACCUCUCCCAGUCUUCUUCUUCCUCCCCGCCUCAGGUGUCGCUCUUUCCCCCUUCACUCGCGCUGUCCGUUCCUCUUGGCUGCUUUCCUCCCUCGACUUCUCUUCCCUCUCUGGGUUGCGUCUUCUUUCCGGUGUUCACAACACACACAGACGCCCGGAGACCGAGCAAAGAGGCCUUUCGGACAGCCUGGACUUUGAACGCUGAGAGAAAACGAGGAAGACGCGCAGCAGACGACGCAGAACUUGGUGGCUGGGGAACUGCGCUUCCGCUGAAAGUGUCGGAAUUCGACUCGCCAAGCACCGGCCAGCGUCUCUGCGUCAUCCGAAUUCAAGACUCGACGGGCCAAGCAAAAGACAACAGAAGGGAGAGCACAGUUCUCUGCAAGCAAAAUGAGGUCCCCUGCUCCUCAACAACACUGGAACGAGCCGCUGGCUCGCGUGAUGGACGUCGUCCUAAACUGCACGAUUCGCUUCAAAACUGCGGCAGAGGUGGGGAAGCGAGCAGUGUUUUACUGCCGCGGCGAGGACUUGUUUGCAUGGUUGAUGAACAACCGGGAGAUGCUGCAGAAGAAGCACGCAGACGCUCUCGACGGGCAAAGUCUCGCGUCGGAAACAGACGUCAUCGAGUUCUGCGACAAGCUUAUUCGCUUCGGCUUCAUGUACAGAGCUCAGUACAAACCGAUUGACGGGGUCAUUGAACAGGACGAGGAGGGCCGCUUUAAGCGCCCCAAGUGGCCCAAACGCCUGGCGAUGACGCCGAAGCAAAAUUUCGAUCCGCAGGCGUUUUAUGUUGUCGUCUACGAGGGGUCGAAGUCCUGGCAGCACUUCAUUCUCUUCUGCAUCAUUGCCGCCGUUCUGUGCGUCUGCAUGUUCCCUGCCUGGCCGCUGAAGCUGAAGGUCGCGGUGUGGUACCUCUCCGUCGUGCUACUGACUCUGAUCCUCGUUUUAGUCUUUGUUCGACUCGUCCUCUUCGUCUUCUUCUGGUUCUUCGGCUACCAGUUCUGGCUGCUGCCGAACCUCUUCAACGAAGACGCAGGCAUCAUCGACAGCUUCCUUCCCUGGAUCGAGUGGCACCGCAGCCAAGACGACUGGGCCAUGUUCGCCGCGAGAAUCUUCUGUGCCAUUCUCACUGCAGGGACACUUUACAAACUCAGCGAAACUCACACGCCGGCGAGCGUCGCGAACUUCGCGAAACAGUCUUUCCUGGACGUCCUCGACUGGGGCCACCAGCGACUCGCAGCGCCGCCUGGAGGCUACUCCAAGUACGCAUCCAUCACUGACAAGCAGGAAGGCGGACAGGGCACCGAAGAAGAGGGAGAAACAAACGAGGAAAACGCCGAAGGAAAGGCAGAUGAGGAUGAGUAUUCUUGUCUCAAACAGUGCGGCUUUGCCUCCUUCGAACAUCUCAUGCAAGCUCGCUGUCUUGUAAAAUGCUCGUGCGUUGGGGACUUGCUGGAGUCGAAAUGUUUCGCCAAGUGUCCAGAAGCCACACAGGCUGCGUUGCGCGAGGCAGCGCGCGAUGCAUGCGAAGAAGAGGAAAAGCGGAAGAGAAGGCGUCACUGAAACUCUGCACCGGAAGAGAGCCGAAAAGUCGGAGGGUGGACGCGCAGAAAGUGGGGAAACUAUGAUGGAGUCUCACCUGAAUGGACAAGCACGAAUGGCGGGGCGAAAGUUCUCAGGGAAGAGAGGAGAAACUGGAACAGGAAACUUCAUGAAAAAUUCAAAUGCCUCAGCCGCGAUGCUCUCUGGUGCACUCACGCAGUGUAUGUGCUCUCUGCAUCGUCGAAGAGUGACGCGGUGACGCCAGUUUUAUUUUCGCUGGCUUUCCUGACGUGUCUUCUCUUUCUUUGCGGUUCUCUCACCUUUCUUUGUUCGACUUUUUUCUCGCCCACACUCCCCUGAGCCUCUCUAGACCGAGUGGACGAAAGUCGAGGGAACCACGGUAGCCUUUCUCCUUGUCUUUCGACUCAAUCGAAGCAGUGAAGGAACACUCUGGAAUCCUUGCACAACCGGAGACUGGUGGAUAGGCACCUGAGUGCGAAUCCGACUUUCUCUCUUUACAAAUUCUUCAUCAACGCUACGUUCCUUCGCCUGAGUCUCUCUAGGCGCUUCAUCCCUUUCUCGAAGAAAAGCUGAACUCUCCAUACUCGAGCGAAUUUCCUCGGCCUCACAAGGUACACAGUUUUUUGCGUGACUCCACAGAGAGCAUGAAGGCCAUGCACUGUU